AUGUACCUUGAUCCUACCCAAAGCCUUUUAUGGGCAAAAUUUCUUCAGUGGGAAACACUUGAAACCUUAUCUUUGGUGAAUGGCGAGUGGGGUGAAUUGGUUCCCAGUCUCGCAAAUCGGCUCACAAGACUUAAAUCAUUUGAAGUUUCCCUUUCCGAAUCUUACCCCAAGCUGAGAUAUUGGUGGGAAUUUGACGGAAAGCUGGAUCUCCCGCCCCUUUACUGGAAGCGAGCAACCCAAGUGCGUCGACUUAUCGAGUCUAUGCCUCUUCUUGAGAGCUUUUCUGGCUAUUUUGUUCCGCCAUCGAUUCUUGACACUCUUUCAAAAGUCCACCGCGAGUCAUUGAAGCACUUACGGUUCCGGAGUGUGCGUCGCGGACACCAAACUCCGAAUGAGGGUCCAUUACCUUCAAGCAUUGAAAAUCCAGAAAAUUUACCAGAUCGGUUCCCUAAUCUUCAGACUCUGGGCCUUGACCUUGACUGGACUGACCAAGAAUGGCCCUUUGAGACUAUGACCUAUAUCCGCGGACUCAAACAUCUCAAACACCUGGAAAUCAAUAUCUCAAGUGUAAUAUCCUCUCGAAAGCCAGAUCUUGGUGUCCUCGGAGUCAAUAAAAUGGAUGAUAAUGCCUGCAAGCGACUUGUGCGCUUUUUCGAAUCCACUCCCGACAACAUUUCACUUGGUUCGUUGCAUAUCAAAAUUGGAGAGUGGGAAAACGCCAAGUGGAGCAGCAGAGCUAGAUAUCCAAGGAAUGGCCCGCUGAUUAUUGGAGAACGCGACCACUCGGGCAGCAUGCAUUUUUAUCGCGUUAAUCCACCCAUCCGCCAUAAGGCUCCGCUUGAGAAUCGUUUGAAACCCUAUGCCCGGGAUAUAUACCGAAGUCUCUUGGAGAUUCACGGGUUUGAUGACCCGGGCUUUAUGGAAAGUGACAAAGUUGCUCGCGGAAUAUCCGAUUCGGGAUGGGCAACUUCCUCAUAA